GUCUAAAGCAACAAACAAGUGCCAGCUUCAAAUUCUGUUGAGUUUGAUGGAAGCCCAACGCGAUAUUGCUUGUGGCUUCCAGAAAGGAAGCAAGGAGGAGGUGUUACUGUUUUGGCAUGCGGCUGAAAAUGCUUUAAAUGCAUCUGGGCCACCAAGCAAAAACAUAUCGGAAUGGAAAAAGGUGUGGUGUGACCAGAAAAAAUAUGUUAGAGCUAAGGCUGCUACAAACCUUAAGGCCAGAAAUGGUACUGGCGGUGGGCCAAACAAAGAACAAAAACUUUCCGACUAUGAACAGGCUGUCUACGACUUAAUUGGGAUGAAAGAGUCAAUAGAAGGUGUAACAGCAAAAACUUUUGGCCUGGAAACAAAAAAGGUAAACAAAGAAAAUGUUCAACCUCCGGAAAACGAACCUGUAGUUGAAGGAUACCUCCAGGAAUUAGUUAUUGAAGCCCUAUAUGACGAACCAGAAUCAACACCAGUAAAUACAACGCAAAGGGGUUACCCUCGUCCGAGUACAAGUAGUACAAAGAAAAGGACUGCCUCAGAAGCUUUUGAUGAGGAACUUAAGACUCAAAGGGAGUUAUGUGAGGCUGUCAAGGGUGUAGUUGAGGAAAUUAAAGAAAAUAGAAGAAACACCACAAAAGUUUACCGAGCUCUUGACAAAAUUUAUGAAUUUAAAAAAAAAAGUUAUGAAGAUUAUUUGGCGAUAAAAAAAGAAAAACUUGAGGAAGUUAAACGACACAACCAACGCAUGGAGCAAUUAAGAGUUCAAGAAAUCGAAGAUAAAAUUGAAAGUAACCGUCGGCUUCUUGAAAUAAAAGAACUAAAAGCUCAAGUUUUCCAGUUGUCGAAAGAUUGAACAGUUAUCCUUCGAAAUAUUUAUUUUUAAGUUUCAUUACCUUCUGUGAUUUUUUUAUUUUUAUGAUUUUUAAGUUUUUACAAUAGUUGCUUAGUGUGUAUGCAUAUGAAUUCCGUUAUUUUUUUGUUGUUAAUUGAUUUAAAAACGUGUGAUA